GUUGCAUGUGCCUACAUGUACCAGAAUGCACCGCGGCUGUCAGUCUUAACCAACCGAGUGUUGCUCUGUUACACUAGCAAAGAGCAGUGGGACAGACGCGCUGGCUUUGUAAGUAACAUUUUGUUCUGCAACAUUUUUGUUUUCGUUUUCUCCAAACAUGGACGAAGACAACAAAUCAGAGAGCUGAACAAGCCAUCAUCAGACGUGAUGAUGCCUUGCUGUUUGGUUGUCUCGCAGGAUGGGUCAGUUGGUCCGACAGAGAAUGCUUCAGGAGACAAGCCACCUUGUAUAGCACCAGGAAUGGCGGAUGGUGAAACGUUGGAGAUGCUGUGGCAGUUCCGAGCCCAGCUCCGCCAGGACUCCCCUGAGCUCCCAGAGACGGUGACCCGUCUCACUGCUCCUGACGGGAGCAUCCUGUACUUGGUGGGCACUGCCCAUUUCAGCGAGGACAGCAAAAAUGAUGUGACGACGACAAUCCGCGCUGUGCAGCCAGACGUGGUGGUGGUGGAGCUUUGCCAGUACAGGGUGUCAAUGUUACGUAUGGAUGAGAACACGCUGCUGAGGGAAGCCAAAGACAUCAACCUGGAGAAGGUUCAGCAAGCCAUCAAGCAGAAUGGGCUUAUGUCCGGCCUGAUGCAGAUUCUCCUGCUCAAAGUUUCUGCUCACAUCACGGAGCAACUGGGAAUGGCACCUGGAGGAGAAUUUCGAGAGGCUUAUAUUGAGGCGGGACGAGUUCCAUUCUGUAAAUUUCACCUUGGGGACAGGCCAAUCCCAGUGACCUUAAAGAGGACCAUAGCUGCUCUCAGUUUAUGGCAGAAGGCCCGUCUGGCCUGGGGUCUUUGCUUUUUGUCAGAUCCAAUCAGUAAAGAAGACGUAGAGAAGUGUAAACAGAAGGACCUGCUGGAGCAAACCAUGUCUGAGAUGAUCGGCGAGUUUCCUGCUCUCCACCAAACCAUUGUGGCUGAAAGGGAUAUCUACCUCACACACAAACUCCGCCAGGCAACACACUGUGUGGAGUCGCCAUCCAAUGGCCAGAAAGUGCCUGCUGUGGUUGUUGGAGUUGUAGGAAUGGGUCAUGUCCCUGGCAUUGAACGCAACUGGGAUAUGGAGCUCAACGUUCAAGAAAUCAUGACUGUUGCACCACCCUCACAACUCAGCUGGAUGCUACGCACAGUUGUGAAAGGCGUCUUGAUGGGAAUGCUGGGUUAUGCCUGUUAUCGAGUCGGAGGAGGUUUAGGUCGUACCCUGCUGACAUUACCAGCUGUCCAGUCUUUGAUUGAGACUCUUCGGCUCCAGCCACCUAACCCCGCUGGACCUCUCUAAGCUGUCUUUCACACAAGAUUUGAUUUUUAAAAAAAGAUGCAUUUAUCACCGAUGGCCUUAAAAGCAGGAGGUGAGGCUGGACGAAUGGGUGCACCAGCUCACACCUGGGAACUGAUGAGGACCUCUCUGGGGUCAAGAACCUUUCACCUCCUAUUGAUGUCCCUAUAGGCACAGUGGGACCGUACUGCCAAAGAAACCACAACUGUACUCUAAUCCUGCAUUUCUUGCAAUUAUACUUUGCAUAAAUGUGCUCCUAUUAGAGUAACAUAUCCCUGUUGUUCCUGAAAUUUAUUUACACACGGCUUUAUUUUGCUAAUCACCCUAGGAAUCAAAUUGAAUAAUUUUCCUGGACAUAAUAGGAUGCUUUUUUUUUUUUUUGAAAGAAGCCAUUUUCUGAGUACCGGGCAGAUUCUUGGUAAUUGGUCCAGCACUUUAAAAGAGGAUGUAACUUAUAGUGGUAUUUAAAUAUAAACAGAUUAGAAUAAUUUCACUGUGUGUCUGAGCUAUAGAAAGUCGAUCAUGAUUUUUGACAAAAUAAUUUCAUGGUGCUCAUUCCUCACAUUCAGGAUUAGCAGAAGAAACUCUGGUGAUUGCUCUUUGCUAUGAACUUUACAGCCAAGUGCCUCAUGUUUUAGCUGGAAGGGCUACUAUGAAAUCCAAUUUUUGUUAUCUUCAUCUAAUGAAUGAUUAGUGCAAUUAUCAACAGUUUGAACAUCUUACUAUUUUGUAAUGAGAGGACAUGACGUUUAUGAUGACGUUGAAAUUUUACCAAAACUGCAACAUUUUCAUGGAACAGUGAUGCUCAUGAGGCCUCACGGUGCCUCACAAAACAGUGGGGUGAGAACAUUUUAUGUUUUAUUUUACCCUUUAUUAUGAUGGACCCAGCCAUCAUGUGUUAAGUGUACCAUAUUUUUAAUCAACUGACAGUCAGUGCAUUGGCUGUCCUAAAAUAUGCAUUCAUAUUUAUUGUGAAAUUGUGGAACUAGAUAGAAGUGAAAGUUGAUUUGUUUCCCUCAGAGUAAAGUGUGACCAUAAUGGUUUGUGCAUUUAUAAAUCUGUUUUAUUUGGACUGCUGAACAAAAUCUGUAAUCUGGAAAUUUAGCCUUACUUUAUCACUGCUGCCUUUGACCCUCUGAUUGCCUCUUCUGCUAAAGCCUAUCACCAACACAUGUGUAUCCAUAUUAUGUUCUGUUAUUGCAUGUAUAACAAAAAAGACAACCCUGGAUCAAAAAGGAGGGUGUCAAAGUAUAGUACAGUAAGUUCUGUCAACAUAAAUGCAUGAUUUUAAAUCUAUUGUAGGUAUCCAGAUAAUUUAAGUGACUUAAGUAUUUUUGCUUUUAAUUGUAAAUCAAAAUAAGGGACGUGAAAUGAGUUACUGAACAUAAUUUAUUAUAACAUAUAAAUGGGUCCAAUGAAUUGAUUAAGAGUGUAAUGUACAUUUAUUUUUUUAAAAACAUAAUUAAAACCAGUGCCAGCUAUUUACCGUCUGAGCUUAUUCAGAUAACCAGUCUUCCGAUUGAUUAAAACGUUUUGAAGAAAUGCGUUAAAAAACUGAAGUUGUUGCAGGCCAGAUAUGUUGUUUUCAGAUUUGUAUCCGAGUACAUUCAACAAAAAUAUAUAAUUUGCUGUAUGCCUGAGAACUCGAGAAGAGAGUAUGAAUGGCUGUAUUGGUCGUAUUAACUGAUUAGCCUGCACCCUUGACUUGUUUUGUCACUGUAAACGUACCAAACACUGACUCUUCUAUAAUAGUAAAAGUAAACUAUUUUUGCUUUA